UGAGCGUCGAACAUUGUCGUUGAUAAAGAAAUAAUUUCUCGGUCUUUGUUAUUGAUUUGAGGAAAAUGCGGCGUUGAAAGUUCUAUAUAGAAACAUAAAUGAAUAAAAGGCCACUAUUUCUGGGGAGAGGCCGGGGACGUGGCCGCGGAAACGAGCAAAACAGUACAAAGCCGACUGGACAAAAUGUAGGUACACUUCCUUCCUCUUCAAAAUGGGGAAAUUCAAGUAGCGCUGUGGCUAAUAAUGGAAAGUCUCCCCAAAGAACUGAAGUGUCCAGAGAAAGACAGGAAAAGGCGAAUAAAAUAAAGGAAUCUGCGAAAAAGUAUUUGGAGAAAUUGGACGACGAGUUUGAAGAGUCCUCGGAGGAUGAUGAAAUCAACGACAGUGAAAUAUUGAACAAAACACUCCAGGACUACAGGAACACCUCACAAGAUAAUGAGGCAGACUUGGGCAAAACUGCCCAGUACUUGAUUGAUUCCUGCAAACCUGGCUCAACUGUGUGUUUAAUAUGCAUUGCCUCCAUCAAACAUGUUGAUGCUGUAUGGAGCUGCAGCCGGUGUUAUUCAACUCUUCAUCUGCAGUGCAUUCAAAAGUGGGCCAGGGAUGGAGCUGCUUAUACUCAAUUGACUUCAGAUGAUACUCUAAAUCCUGCUGAGUUGCCGUGGUAUUGCCCGAAAUGCAGGUGUGAAUUCAAGCAGUCUGAAUGUCCCACAAAAUAUUAUUGCUUUUGUGAAAAACAGGUCAACCCAUCUUUUGACCCCUGGUUGACACCACACUCUUGUGGCCAAUCUUGUAGCAGACCUCUCAAGCCUGAGUGUGGACAUGAAUGCCUUCUUCUUUGUCAUCCAGGUCCGUGUCCUCCUUGUCCAAAGACUGUCUUUGCAUCCUGUCAUUGUGGAUCUCAGGCACCAGUGGUCAGACGCUGCAGCGCUAAAUCUUGGUCGUGUGGAAAGCCUUGUGGAAAGUUACUUUCUUGUGGCCAGCACAGCUGUGAGUCCCCAUGCCAUGCUGGUGACUGUCUACCAUGCCCCAAAGAGAGUGUGCAGAGCUGUCUGUGCGGUAAAAUGACAAAUAAAAGACCUUGUGCAAGUCCAGAUUGGCAAUGUGAACAGGUUUGUAACAGAGUGUUGUCCUGUGGCCAUCAUAGAUGUGAAAGACUGUGCCAUGCAGAUAAGUGUGGUGAAUGCCCAAGAACAGGAGAAAGAAAAUGUCCCUGUGGACAAACUUCUCUUUUGCUACCCUGCACAGAAGAUGUUCCAACCUGUGGUGGCACUUGUGACAAGCCAUUGGUUUGUGGCAGACAUAAAUGUGCUCAGCAGUGUCAUACAGGGUCCUGUGGGGUUUGUCGACGGUUAGUUACCAAGACUUGCCGUUGUGGCAAGCGUGAGAAAAGUGUUUUGUGUUCCCAAGAGUUUCUGUGUGACAUUAAGUGUCUGAAGAUGAGGCAGUGUGAACGACAUCCAUGUAAACGGAAGUGUUGUGAUGGAGGUUGCCCUCCAUGUGAACAAACUUGUAAUCGAAAUCUGAACUGCAGGAACCAUAAAUGCCCAUCACAAUGUCACAGAGGACCAUGUUACCCAUGUCCCCUCCAGGUAGAUGUGAAGUGUUUCUGUGGUUCUACAGUUCUUACAGUACCCUGUGGACGUGAAAAAGUUACCAAGCCACCUAAAUGUGCUGAAUUUUGCAGCCAUCCUCCAGAUUGUCAUCACCCAAAACGCAAACGUCAUCACUGUCAUUAUGGCUCCUGCCCUCCUUGCCACCAGCGCUGUGAUCUGCCACUUCCUUGUGGGCACCCUUGUCCUGUCAGCUGCCAUGACAACAAACGUGACCAAUCAAAACUCUUAAAGUCGUUUUCAAAUGGAUUCCCGGCUGUAUCUAAAUCAAAUUCAGAGAGUACUAAGAAGGAACCAGUACCUUGUCCUCCAUGUGUUGUUCCAGUUGAGAUGAGCUGCCUUGGCAAGCAUGAGAUCAGCUCUCUUGCUUGUUCUUCUGCAAAGCCAUUUUCAUGUGCUCGACCUUGUGGCCGUCAGCUUCAUUGUGGAAACCACACUUGCCAACUGGAAUGUCAUGUUGUCACUGGUGUAGUUGAUAAUCAACAGGCAGGUAAAGAAUGCCAAGAUUGUGAGGAAGCUUGCGAGAAACCUCGGCCAGAGGGAUGCACACAUCUUUGCCUUCUACCAUGUCACAUUGGAGAUUGUCCAAAAUGUAAGCAGAUGGUGAAGCUUCCUUGUCAUUGUGGCUUAAUGCUGGUUUAUGUGUCAUGUAGUGAAUUAACCUCAGUGGAUGAACAAACUCGCAAUAAACUAAUGUCCUGUAAGAAUCAGUGUCCAAAGAAUCUAGUAGUCUGUGGUCACCGGUGUUCAUCCAACUGUCAUUACGGCCCCUGCCCAUCCUCUGAGCUGUGCAAUAGGAAGUCUUCUGUGAGGUGUCCUUGUCGCCGUAAAAAGAAGGAUUUUCCCUGCCGCAUGGUGCAGAAAGGUGAAGCUAAGUUACUUUGUGAUGAAGAGUGUGAAACAUUUAAAGCUAAACAAAAGAAAUUGUUGAGUGAAGAAGAUGAGAUGAGGAAAAAAGGAGAACUUAAAGCACAACAGGAGGAGCUGGAGUGGUUUGAGAGGAAACAGCGAGGGAAGAAACGGCGUCCAAGGAAGCAAAAAGAAGAAAUAAUUGAGCCAUCAUGGUUCCGGCGUUACUGGUUCACUAUUGUCAUGUUUCUGGGGGCAGUAGUCUUGAUGGCUGGACUCCUUCUUAUUGCCGUGGACUAAUUAAAUUUAACGGGUACAUUUGGAUGGUGUACUAUAUCACAAGCCUGAGAUUUUAUUUAAGAUAAAAAAUAAUAAUUCAAGUAAACUAUUCUUUCUUGGAACAAUUUUUGAACACUUUAUUACAAA